AUGGACUUCAGUUAUUUUACUAUUGAUGUAUUAUCAAGUGAUGAAGCUGAAAUUGAGAAGGUAAGGUUUGCUGCUAAAUUUACACAUCUUUUAUCAUUUCAGAUAAUAUAAUAAAUACAGUGUAGCGAUUUAUUUUUUCACUGACACUGGCAUGCGAAGUCUGAUCAGUGUGAUUUUAUGUAUAAAAUUAUUUAUAUUUCAUGUUGUUGGAGGGAAAUAUGUAAAAGUUAGCACAAUUCACACUUCAGUUUUUGUUUACCAUAUUAUUUUUACCACAUAUCAAUUUAGGCUUUUCCCAUCGCAUUUUGUGACGAAAAAAACGUCGAAGUUCGAAUUGGAAAAUCUUCAAGUGAAACUACUGAAUGUAGUCUCGAAACUUUAACUUCCGACCAGAAAAUUGCCACCACAGAUGCUCAAACAAUUUUCAAAUUCAAAAAGCCGAAGGGUAAACCAAAGAAAGCUAGAAAAUUGAGGAAAAAAAAGGUCAUCCUGGCAAAUAUACGUGAUUUGGCGAAGGAUGCUUUACUUCAGAUGAAGAAAAAUGAAAUGUUGAAUGCUCUCUACAGGCAUCAAAUAAGUCGUUUGUUGGAAAAACCUUUACCUGCUUUUCCGUCAGAUGAUUUGAAGGAAAGACUCGAAAAAACAUGUACGAAGUUUUCUUCACGUUUUAUAACUACUGCAAGAGAAGCAAUGUGGGAGGAAUUCAACAAGAUAUGGACCGAUGAGAAUAUUACGAAGUCAAUAAUUGAUGCUCGUGGUAUUACAUCUGACUUCUGUUCAUGGUUUCUGUUUUAUCUACAACAGGCUGUAGCAAAAACCUAUCUACAAUGUGAUUCUACUGCUCUGGUAAAUGAUUUGGAUUUGUCAGAUGCUGAACAGGAAUCUGUUGCAUACAUUGCUGGUGCGGUAUUAAAAAAUGUAGGUUCCAAACUGUGCGAGUUAAAGUGGAAAAUUGCAAGCAAUGGUCAAGAUGUUGCUACAGUGGAUAAAGACAUUACAAUACUUAAUGCCUGCAAGGAAACAAG